CUUGGAGCGCACUCCUCCCCGACGAUGUAUUGCAUAUAGUGUCUGCACUGUGGUCUGUGAAGAUGGAACCUCUGGCCAGUGCCAAGGCGGACGUUUAAGCCAUGCACAUGCUCGCAAGCAGCCGAUGGCUGGGACCCUCCCGACUACUGGGGGACUGCUGCUUUCUGCGCUGACCUGCAGGACGCCCGCACUGCAGGCCACCACCACCUGUGCUCAACCUCUUUUCUGCAAGUCAUUGGCGCCGAAAGGUACCCUGGUAGACGGCGGGACGCGCGUUCUCCGUUGGAGCUCUGGGUAGGAAGUCUUUUCUAUACCACACUCGAGGAGCUUGUGCCCAGGAUCCGGCUCAAACAUCCUGCGUAUCGCAUGGGGACCCGCCUGGACGACGCAGAUGGAGCGCCAGCGGCGAGGGGAGAGCUGCAGACGCCCGCCACCGCAGCUGCACCAGAGCGAGAAUCCGGAUCCUCUGAUCUUCGGAACGGCUCAGGUGUGACUGAUGCUCCCCCAUUCUGGAGUACGAAUCGCCACCGCAGAACCGCCAGUUCCGCGAGCAUCCUCACGAUUGAUCAGGCGCGGCCGGCCGCCAUCACUCUCGAGGACCACUCGAAGGAUGAUGACGAGCAGGCGCUAUCGUGUUGGGCACAGUCGGUGACGAUAGACGACUAUUCAGUCGUGUCCGGCAAUGGCAGCAUUGGCGCGUAUGUGGUAUGGCACUUGACCGUGAGCACUCUAUACGGAGGCGACAUGCCGCUGAACAAAAGAUACUCGGAGUUUGAUCGCCUUCGAACAGAUCUGAUAAGGGCAUUUCCACAUGCAGAAGCCCAGAUUCCGGAGCUUCCCCGCAAGAGCAUGGUGUCUAGAUUCCGGCCCAGGUUCUUGGAGCAUCGAAAGAAUGGCCUGGCGCACUUCAUGAAUUGCAUCUUGCUGAACCCAGAAUUCGCAAGUUCUCCCAUCCUGAAGGAGUUCAUCUUCAGCUGAAAACGCGUCGCGUGACAGUACUGGACCCUGCAGCUGCAGCUAGUGCACAUCCCGACUGCUUGAUAGUCAGCACGUCGCCGCGACACCUCUCCACGUCUGUCGCUCAUCUUGCUGCAGUGCUGCAAUAUCGGGUUGCACGUCAGAGACGAAGUCAGAACCGCGCCGCACUCACGAUUCCUAGCAAGCACUGCAGUUCCCAAGCGAUCGCCAGAAAGCAGACUCGUCUCCUCCAGAGAGACACAGGCCUCCC